CAACGAUAGCUAUUUUCUAUCCGCUUAAAGAGCCAGAAGGCUAUAUCGUCAUAGACUGAACUGGGUAACUUAGUGCCCGUGUAUGAGUGUUUAUUUGCAAAAGUGCACGCCGGAGUUCAUCCCUGUGCUUCCAUUGCCUAAAUUAUGUGAAGUCAAGAUUUUGCAAAAGCGCAGCAAAUUAACCGAGACGCAACUCCUGAUUUCUCCACUCAAAAAACAUUACUGAGCUGUUAUCACGUCGCUGCAAAGGAUUGCAUGCAUGGAUCAAACUGCAGAGUGAGCUGGUGACCUCGUUGACAAAUACAGACUCGCUUACUUCAGGACGAUGAGCAUGGCACUGGCCUGGCUCCUGUCUCACCUGCCCUGUGCUAACCCAACCAAUAUCCCUAUUAUCGACCAUCAGCACACUCCCUGCAGAAGUUGCUGAACAAGCCUACUCAGAGAGCCAUGCUGUCCGGUACUUGGCGACGUUCUGUGGGGCACCAGCAGCCUGCUGCUGCGCCCCCAGUGCCCACCAGGGGGCUGACACUGUGUGGGGUCCCCAGUGGAACGGUGGUCCUGGAGGCCCAGUAUGACUACAACUACCGUGGUGCCGAUGGAAGGCAAGUCUGCAUAAGGGAGGGCGAACGGUUUAUUCUCCUGAAGAAGACCAAUGUUGACUGGUGGCAGGUUCGGAGGAUAGGGGCAGCCAGUAAAACAAAGCCAUUGUAUGUACCUGCUACAUAUGUGACAGAGGUGCCUAUUGCACCGAUGCCCUUGCCUCAGCGCCUGGUCAUGUCUGCCUCACUGAGCUCCAACCUCAGGACACUGCCAAGGGCGUCGCUCUGUCCCGGAUCAACAGAUUCUACCUAUAAUCAGCAGCACCAAGUGAACAAACCAAUCUACCACUCCAUGGAAAACCUCAACUCCAACAGUGCCUUCCAGGGGCUGGGGAACAAUACCAGCAUGGGAGGAGGCCGCUUUCCUGCUCUGCCUCUCUCUGGAUUCACUUUUACCCCCAACUCUCCCACCUCCCCGUCAGGCCACCUCAUGGUCCCUGGGUCCCCUGCAGCCUCCACAGAUCAAACGGGGGCACCCAAUCCCAGAGUAGUCCCCAUGAUCACACGGAGCCAGAGCUCCAGCAACUUGCCUGAAAACGUGAUGGAGAACCCGUACGAUGAGGUGGGCGGUGGCUUCAGCAGCCGCGUCAACCACAGGGUCCCGAAGAAGUCUUGCAGCCAGUGGGACAUGGUGGGGUCUUCUGGCAAGAACAACCACCUGCAGGUCCCCACAGAGUCCUAUCUGACUCAGCUGUCCUGGCAGGACUCCCCUCUUUACAAUGAAACACAGCCAGACAAGCGUCAGUCGCAGCCGGAGCCACCCAGCCCUGCCCCUGGUCAGCAGCCUCUUCAGGUCAAGGACCUGUGGGAGCAGUACUUGGACCCAACUACAGAGAGAUACUAUUAUGUCAACAGCAUCACCAAGGAGAGGUCCUGGAAACCCCCUCGCCGGUCCCUUGGACGCACCACCGGCAAGCAGGCCAGUCCAGUUCAGCCCCAAACGUUACCCAGGGAAACAAGCAAUCUGUCGCUACCACUUACUGGUGCUGGCAAUGGGACUGUACACAGGCUGUCACCUGAUUUCAUCUUUGGGAGCCACCAGAGGAAUACAGACAGUGGCUGGCAGAUGAAACAGAGCAUGCAGCGUGCCGCUUCCUCUGACACCCUGAGUACAACAGUGUUCAGCAAUGCCAAUGCCCAGUGCCAUAACUCUGCACCUCUGCAUGAUGAGAAGCAGCAACUCAGCCACUCACAAUCCAUGAUCCUGCCUGAGAAUGGCAAGGUAUUCACCUCCAGAGCACCUACACACAAGUGCAGAGAUUAUUCAUGCAAUGUGACCAACAUCGUCGUGGAGUCUCCAUCUCCUGCAAGCCCUCCAGAUAACAAUGGCGUCACACCGGAGCUGGAGAAAGCCGGUCUCUUGAACAAGACAAAGAUUGCAGAAGGUGGCCGAAAACUGAGGAAAAAUUGGAGCCCAUCCUGGGUAGUGUUGGUCGGGAACAGUCUGGUUUUCUUCAAAGAUCCUAAAUCACAGACUCCUUCCAGCUGGAAACCAGGAAAUAGUCGCCCUGAGAGCAGUGUGGAUUUAAGGGGAGCACAGCUGCACUGGGCCAAUGAGCUUUCCAGUAAGAAGAACGUCUUCAAGCUGAGGACAGUGACAGGCAAUGAGUUCCUGCUGCAGUCGGAGACAGAUUCUCUGAUCAAAGAGUGGUACAAAACCAUCCAGAACGUUAUCGACAGGCUGGACCGUGAAAACCCGUUAGACAACGUCCUGCUGUACUCUCUGAGGAGAGCAGGCAGCGUGGAGCUGCUGGAGCACAGUGGAGACGAGGAUGAGAGGAGAACGUCCCUCCCUCGCUCGACGUCCAACCUGGAGAACACGGAAAGGAAGAGAGUGAAGACCCGUCUUAAGAAGCUGAUUCUAAAGAGGCCUCCUCUGCAGGCCCUGCAGGAGAAAGGACUCAUUAAAGAUCAGGUGUUUGGCUGUGGUUUGGAGAUGCUCUGCGAGAGAGAGAAGAGCACCGUCCCACGCUUCGUCAGACUUUGCACCGAGGCUGUGGAGAAGAGAGGACUGGACGCUGAUGGCAUCUACAGAGUAUCAGGGAACCUGGCAGUGAUUCAGAAACUACGUUACCUGGUGAACCACGAGCGAGCGGUGACUACCGACGGCCGUUACAUGUUCCCAGCGGAUUUGGUACAAGAGGAAAAGCUGAAUUUGGACGAGAGCGAGUGGGAGGACAUUCAUGUCAUCACAGGAGCUUUGAAACUUUUCUUUCGUGAGCUUCCUGAACCCCUGGUGCCCUACGGUUUCUUCACCGACAUUGUGGAGACAGUCAAGAUGUCAGACUACAUGGAUAAAGUGGACCGUUUGAAGUGUCUGGUGCUUAACAUGCCUCCUCCAAACCACAACACGCUGCAAUUCAUGUGCCGCCAUCUCAGACGAGUGUUAGAACAUUCAGACGCCAACCGGAUGACCACCCAGAACAUCGCCAUCGUGUUUGGGCCGACACUGAUGCGCCCAGAGCGGGACAACGGCAACAUGGCGGUGAAUAUGGUUUACCAAAACCAGGCGGUGGAGCUCAUCCUCAGCGAGUUCAACCACAUCUUCGGAACGAGAGGCCCCUCUUGAUCUUUCUUGAUGGGGGAGGAAGGGGGGGGCGGUUCAAAAAGUUCCUCCAGAUCAGACGAAAGCACAAGUAGUGCAGCAUUUGUCCUCUUUGCCUGUUGACUCAUAUGGUGUAAAAUGGAUUUCACAUCAAAAGAUAAUUACGGGGUAAAAAGAACCAGGACAGAAAGCUGCUAAUCAUGACAUCUGGCCUCCAUAUAAAGCCAUGUUAAAACAAUAAUAAUAAAACAAGCCAAUUUUAGCUGCAAUACUUGUGCCUUUGACUGCAGAUGUGGAGCCCGACCCCGGUGUUCUUUACUGGUGGAGCAGACACCUCCUUGUCACUUUUCCAUGAUAUUUUCACUGAUAAAACUUGAUCAGGAUGAAUCAAAGCCAUAAAAGUGAUAAAUCUCCUCCAGCCUGCCCAGCUAGCUGCAUAUUAGUCAGUCAUUUAUCAAGAAACAUGAGGAAGGAUGUGUCUUAACGUCGCACUGAAACAAAACUUACCAGAACCAUCUCACUGUGAAACACACAUGCACCAGCACCUCUUGCAGCAGCGGACUGAAAGCAAGCAUGGACAGAUCCUACAUGCAGUGUUAGCGUGGAUAUACUGUAAAUAAUGCAAACAAACAGGAAGCAGACUGGGUGUGAAAAUGUGCCCACAUGUGCUGAAGUUAUGACGUGUUUAGUUGAGUUUUCAGACUCGAGAGGCAAACUUAACUGAGAACUCCUCGUAGAUAAAUGAAUUAUUUCAGUAAUGGGGUGAACGUGCCAACAGGGCAGCAAUGUUCCUUUGUACCAAAUAGUACUUUGUUGUGUGUGGACCUUCAGAGCUUCCCUUAUUGUACAAGUUUGGAAUUAUUUUCUAUUUUUAUUAGUGCAAACUCUUCAGAUUAAGUUAAAAUAUGAAACUGUAAAUAUGUGAAAUACUGUCUUUGUUAACUAGUAGCACUUUGCAUACAGUGUGUAACCUAAACAUUAUAUAUUAGCCAAAUUAUAACUGAUACAUUUGCUUUUAAAUGAAACAGUGUUGUUAAACUAUAACUUGGACCUGACUGUUAACUCUCCUGCAAUAAAAAAGUGAACAAAUUGA